CUCUACGCAUUAGGCGCGCGCUAGGGAUGCAGUACCCGGUUGCUGUUAUCUUAUAAAAAAUAAUCGAUAUAAGGAGUUGUUUUAACAGUAAAAUUGUAGUUUAUGUGAAACGUUUGUUGGUAGAGGGAUAAUGUCCGAGAAGGAAACGAAAAUGUGCUCAAAAACGGCCAUUCAAGAUCUUCCAGACGAGAUGCUGGAGCAAAUCCUUCUGUUCCUAAACCUUGACGAUCGCCGCUCGGCGCUCCAAGUGUGCCACCGGUGGUCCACCCUGAAGCCGUUCGAUUGGUCCACGGUCCAGCUGGUGGUCGAUUUUGCCCGAAACACCGGUCAGGAAGCCAACUACCACCGGACGCUGCUUGCCAGUUCACGCCAGUACCGGCACUUGGUGUUCUAUUUUGGGUACGAUUCGGAGAAGUACGACCUGUUGGUGGACAUUUUGAGACAUUUCUGCCGGAAGGUGGAAACGCUGAAGCUCAUACCGAACAAUUUCGUUCCGGUGAAGCUGGCGCUGUUUGCAGAUAUUGCAGCACUUUGUUCAAAUCUACGCCAUCUACACAUCGAUGCGUGCAACUUCGACUACAGUCGAGGGGAGUUGGAGUUUCAUCCGAUGGACAAACUGGAGGAACUUUAUCUGGAGAAUAAUCUGCUCAGCUUGAUUCCCUCCAUGAAGGACAUCACGCCGAACAUCACGCGGCUGCACAUGCAGAUCAGCUACUACUCAGAGGAGGCGCGGUUGUUCCUACGUUAUUUCAGCUCGCAGUUGGUCGAGCUGGAGAUUUGGUUUCUAUCGGAGGAUUACUUCCUAACGGUAUGCGAGAUGCAAUUUCCUCGGCUAGAAAAACUCAACUUCUACUGCGUCGAUUUGGAAAUUCUUCCCGGAGCAUCAGAAGCAGAAGUUGAGCUGAUCGACCUGUUCUUCCAUCAACUACCGCUCUUGAAGGAAGUGACCCUACGGUGCAACCUAGACGAUCGGGUUAUCCAGAAUCUUUGCCGAUCGUGUGUCAACAUUCAGUUCCUAUGUCUCAGCUUGGAUUACUUUCUGCAGGACAGCUUUCGAGCCAUCUGUGAGCUAAAAAAUCUGCAGCACCUACGAAUCGAAGAAGCAGCUGUUAAUGUACCCUCAGAUUCGUACAUACCAACGAAAAGUCUGCAAAAACUCUCCCUUUACUCAACGCGUAUCAUCCACCAAGACAAGUUCAACACUUUCGUCCAGUGUGCCUUCCCGAGCCUGGCGGUAAUGGAAAUGCUCCACCUGACAUCCCGCACAAACGAAGGCCGCUUCUUCGAGCUGCACGGCACCAUUUGCUCCAAGAUUCCCUCCCUUCAACGCCUGGUCCUCAGCGAACCGGCGGCCAACAUAAUCCUCGGCCCGUUCCUGGAAUUCUGCGCCACCCACGCCCCCGAGGAGCUCCGCUUCAAGUGCUGGAACAUACUGGACGUCUUCCCGGAAGAAGAACUCCCCGAGUCCCAGCGGAUCCAGGUACGAAAGCUGAUUUUGGACGCUCCGCUGAUUUCCCCUUCGGUGCUGCAGAAGCUGAUCCGUUCGAUGCCGGGACUGCGAUGGCUGGAGCUAGCAAUGGCCGAUUACUGCUCGCCGGAGGUGAUUCGAUCGCUCAAGGAGCAGUUCCCUCGCUGCUACGUGGUGGCGCGACGAAAGGUGCUAAUUGAGGAACCGUUAUGACAGUGUUGGGAGCAGUGCAAGGACCGGUCGUUUAGGUAGUAGAGUGUCGUCGUGUGUCAAUCUUUUGUACGGAAACGUACGCUUUGAAAUAUAGAAUUAUCAUUAGAAUUUAUUGUUACGUUAACAUAGUACGUAACUGUCUGGAAACAAAAUGUUCCAUUCCAAUUUGAGAAUAUUUACCAUUUAUUUACUGUAUUCAUGAGGAACUAGAUUAGUUCUGAGCUCCAGUGAGGAUCACACGAUUUCUUCAGCUCCACUUAGGCCAUAAACCUGGUUUCAAUUAUAAGGGUAAACUAGCUUUACGAGUUAGGCGGAGGUGAAGAAAUUGGCCCUAAGUGUCGACUUCUAUAGGUAUAAACAUUAAAGAAAUGAUAGAUGCACAACUUAAAACAUAGUAGGGUAAAUCGGGGUAAUUUGGCUACCCUAAGCAAAAGUCAACAAAAGAUCUAGAAAACAAGGUUGAAACUUCCGCACAUCGUAUGAUCAUAAUGAUUUUGAUAAUACUAAACUAUAUUGAUGUGAAAAUUUUAGUUAAAUUGAGUUUACAUGUCAAAGAAAGAUUUUUGGAAAAACCUGUGUUUUUGGGCCGAUUUUGAACCGACGGGGUAAUAUGAGCACCCGAUUUUUGAUGAAGAAUUCAUCCCAAAUAAUGAAACACAAACUUGAUAUGCGUCAUUGUGCAUCAAAUCCUGUAGUAUCAACUUGAAAUAUAUAGAAAAUAAAUAAGUUUAAAAACUUUCUAAGGUAUUUAAACAAGAUGAGUCUUA